AUGCGCUUUCUUAGGUAUGGUUUCAAAAUCGGCGGGCUAAAUGGCGCAAAAAGGAGCAGCUCAAGAAGAAUGCUAAGCAACAGCAGAGUAUUGCCCUUAGUGAGAGCUAAUGAGUCUUCGGUGGAGCCAAAAAAUUCGUUUUCGAUCGAUAGCUUGUUGGCCGCCUCGAGAGUUCCACGUGGAAGACGGCCUAACGCCAAAUAUCCACGUGUGCAGGUGAGAGCUAAUGAAGCUUCGAUAGAACCGAAAAAUUCUUUUUCGAUCGAUAGCUUAUUGGCCGCCUCAAGAGUUCCACGCGGAAGACGGCCUAACGCUAAGUAUCCACGUGUGCAGGUUAGCAUGCUUACAUAA